AUGUUUAUAUCUGCUCAUAAUAUAGAUUUGAGUAUUAAUUCAAUUCAACAACAAAUAGAUGAAUUUCUGAAUCAGUUGAAACACACUUAUAGUUUAUUAAAUGAAACGUUAAAGAAGACUCAAUUUAUCGAAUCACAAAUAUUACUGCAUGACGAUACAGAUAAUACUGUAGUAGUCAAUAAAUAUGAACAAAUCAUUGAAGAUUUAUUUUCAAAACUUGACUCCAUUGAACAGGUACUUUAUAAACAAUGGCAACAAAUACAAAUGACAAUAUUUAAUUAUGAAUUAUGGUUAAAAAAAUAA